AUGCAAACGAACGUGGAACUCCCCAUUUGCAAUCAACUUCUGUCGAAGAUUGCCGACCGAGCCGACUUUAUUGAGUUUGGGAAUAAAGUUGUUUCCGAGGCUAUUGAGAUGGAAGUGAGUGCGCCAGAGAAUCAGUCUGCUGUUGAUCAAUGGGUGUACAGGAUAUGGAGGUACUUUGGGUCCCAUACAACGCCUGAUGGAGAAUGGAAAAUUGACUACGAUGCCGACGUGCCACCGCCAGAGAAAACGGCUUGGGGUCUCCAAGAGAUCAGGGAAAUUCUGGAGCAACAAACUACCCCAGACUACGAAUCCGAGGAUCUGUGUCUCACAUGGGGCUCAGAUGAUGAAAAGACACUCACGGUUACCAACUUCACAGACUCCUCGGAAAGUGACCUCCAAUAUGUCAUGCAUGUCCUAUUCCUCGCGGGCAACACAGACAACGGCCCUCUCGAGCGUACAGCCCGAAUUUUCUCACUAAAAGUUUUAUCCAGAAUUGCAUCCACACGGAUGGGACUCGAGUUCCGAAUUCCAGGCCCGAGCCUAGUAUCCAUUUUGUCAUCUCCCAACCCUAGCAAGUUCCCUGUUGUUCCCAACUAUGGGUGCAAACAGUUUGCAGUCACACUUGAUCAACUGGCCUUUAUAACGGAGCCGGAUGUCCUGUUUCUUAUAGAAAAUAUAGAAUCAAAACCCGAGUUUGGCUCCUCUAGCUAUGAAACGAUUAUUCGCCGCAGUGCAGGCGUGAUCGAGGCUGUGAGGAGGCUGGCUAUGCUGGACUUGAAAGAAAAGGUGGGAUGGGAUGAUGUGAGAUAUCCUAAAGCCGAUGAGUGGUGCCAGAUCUUUGGCGUUUUGCUGGAGCAUUAUCAGAAUAUGGUGCUUGCGCUUGAGCCGUUCGAGCCAUAUCAGCCAUAG